AUGGAACAUGGAAAAUGGAACUUCCAAGGAACUGAAGAAGGAAGCUUGCAAGGAGCUGAAGAAGGGAGCUUGCAAGGUGCUAAAAAUGCUAUGCCGGAACAUCCUGUUUCCCAUGCUGAACCUACACAAGUAGAAUCUGCACUUCCUCACGUUCCCCCUGCUAGGAAAAAAAGACAAGCUAAUGCUAGUGUAACUAGGAAAACUUCCUCUGUUUGGUUAGACUUUAACAUUUUACCUGAUGAACUUGAACUAAUAGUUGCGUGUAAACAUUGUCACAAAAGAUACCGAUGCGACCCUAAAACACAUGGAACAUCCAACAUGUUAGCUCACUCAAAAGUGUGUCACAAAAACCCUAACCUUUUACAGAAAGAUCCCACACAAAGAAACCUUGUAAGUGGUGAUGGUGGUUUUUUAGGUUCAACAAGCCAAAGGUUCAAUUCUCAAGCAUGUAGGAAGGCUAUUACUUCCUUUGUUAUUCUUGAUGAGCAUUCCUUUAGAGUGGUAGAGGGUUAG